CCGUCCCGGCCCUUGGCACGGCCCGGGGGGCACCGCCUCCCUCCCCCAUGCCGCCCCCCUGGCUGCGGCUCCUGCCGCUGCUGCCGCUGCUGCGGCUGCUGGUGCUCGCGCCGGGCCGGCCGGCCGCGGGCCUGUCCACCUGCAAGACGGUCGACAUGGAGCUGGUGAAGCGGAAGCGCAUCGAGGCCAUCCGCGGGCAGAUCCUGUCCAAGCUGCGCCUCGCCAGCCCCCCGAGCCAGGCCGACGUGCCCCCGGGCCCGCUGCCCGACGCCGUGCUGGCCCUGUACAACAGCACCCGCGACCGGGUGGCCGGCGACCACGCCGAGCCCGAGCCGGAGCCCGAGGCCGACUACUACGCCAAGGAGGUCACCCGCGUGCUCAUGGUGGAGACCGGCCACGAAAUCUACAGCGGGUUUAAGCCCAGCUCCCACAGCAUCCAUAUGCUCUUCAACACGUCUGAGCUCCGGGAAGCGGUGCCCGAGCCCGUCUUGCUCUUCCGGGCAGAGCUGAGGCUCCUGAGGUUCAAGCUGCAGAAGGAGCAGCACGUGGAGCUGUACCAGAAAUACAGCAACAAUUCCUGGCGCUACCUCAGCAACCAGCUGCUCAGCCCCAGCGACUCGCAGCAGUGGUUCUCUUUUGAUGUCACCUCUGUGGUGCGCCACUGGCUGAGCCAGGGAGGGGAAAUCGAGGGCUUCCGCCUUAGUGCUCACUGCUCCUGUGCCGAUGACCAGGACAACAAGCUCCAGGUGGACAUAAACGGCCUGCGCGGCGGCCGCCGGGGUGACCUGGCCACCAUCCACGGCAUGAACCGGCCCUUCCUGCUUCUCAUGGCCACCCCAUUGGAUCGGGCCCAGACCCUGCAGAGCUCCGCACGCCACCGCCGUGCCCUGGACACCAGCUACUGCUUCAGCUCCACUGAGAAGAACUGUUGUGUAAGGCAGCUCUACAUCGACUUCCGAAAGGACCUGGGCUGGAAGUGGAUCCACGAGCCCAAAGGCUAUCACGCCAACUUCUGCCUGGGGCCCUGCCCCUACAUCUGGAGCCUGGACACGCAGUACAGCAAGGUCCUGGCUUUGUACAACCAGCACAACCCGGGUGCGUCGGCAGCACCUUGCUGUGUGCCGCAGGUGCUGGAACCGCUGCCCAUCGUGUACUACGUGGGUCGCAAGGCCAAGGUGGAGCAGCUGUCCAACAUGAUCGUGCGUUCCUGCAAGUGCAGCUGAGGCCAGGCCCACCGGUGACCACGCCCACGCCAGGCCCCGCCCCGGCAGGCCGGGCCCCCCAUCCUUCCCCCACCCCGCCUCGGCGGGGGC